UUCACAAAAUCUCUCUCUCUUUUUCUCUGCAAAUUUUUUCUUAGGGUUUUUCAUCAGAAAAAAAAGAAGAAGAUGACUUCUCCAGCAAAGGGUGGUAGAGGAAAACCAAAAUCAUCAAAAUCAGUAUCAAGAUCUCAAAAAGCUGGUCUUCAAUUUCCUGUUGGUAGAAUCGCUAGAUUUCUUAAAGCUGGUAAAUAUGCUGAGCGUGUUGGUGCUGGUGCUCCCGUUUAUCUAUCUGCCGUUCUUGAAUACCUAGCCGCCGAGGUUUUGGAAUUAGCUGGAAAUGCAGCGAGAGAUAACAAGAAGAAUAGGAUUGUACCAAGACACAUACAGCUUGCUGUUAGAAACGAUGAAGAGUUGAGCAGGCUAUUGGGUACUGUUACUAUUGCUAAUGGAGGUGUUUUACCUAAUAUUCAGCAGACUUUGUUGCCAAAGAAGGCUGGGAAAGGAAAGGAAGGACUGGGUUCUGCUUCACAAGAGUUUUAGGGUUUCUAUUGGGUACUUCAAGUCUAAAGUAUAGUUUUAGGGUUCGGGGCAUCUGGGUUUUUGAUCUGAAAGCGGUGGGUUACUUUUGUAGUUUCGUUUGGUUCAUGCAAAAACUUAAAAAGACAGUUAAAUUUUUUGGUUCUGUUUUGGUGUACAAUGAUGGGUCUUUUGAUGUAAUGGAAUUUUAAUUUUGCAUUUCUAUGGUAUUCAUCUUAAUUCAAUGACUUCAUGGGUUAUGUUUCA